GACCUGAACACAACACUAACUUCUCUACCUGAAUAGAACAAAUUCCCAAAUUGAUUCUCUUUGUCCGGUUUAAAACAGAGCAGUAGCAGGACAACAACACACUGCUGGUUUCUGCUCAGCAGAAAAGCAACAGAUGUGUCGUCAGCGUUCUGAUAUCAGAGGCGGGUUGGGGGGAUUAAACGAUAACGCUGCUCUGGUCAUUUGUCAGAGCUUUGAUGGGAACGGUAUCAGGAAGCCUGCCAGGCGGAGACGGCGACGCGCUGCAGCUCUGAUCAUCGUCCGAACAAAACAGUUCAAACUACAAGACAACGUAAUUAUUUUACACCAGCAGGAAAUAAAGAGAAACCAUCAGCAGCUGGCAUGAGGCUGGGCAGCGGCGGGCUCCGGCUCCGGAGGGCCGCGGAGCCGUCCGAACCCGAAUCUGAGGAAUCGACGGAACCGGCCCGUCACGAGCACAACCAUCCGGAACACCACCAUGAACACACGCAUCCAGAACAUCACCCCGCACACGAGUACGACCACAUGAAGGAGAAGUUCAGGAACGAGCUGAGUCACCUGCCAAUUCCUGUGUGGGCAGUGGCGGCCAUCGUUGUUCUGGUCCUGGUUCUGGUGGCCUGCUUCAUCUUCUGCGUUUUCAAAAAAUGUUUUGGGAAAAAGAAAAAGCCGAAGAAAGAGAGGGGCAGGAAGGCCGGAGGUCGGCGCAGGAAGGAGAAGGAAGGAGACGGGGAGUCCGGAGAAAAGGAGGGCGACGUGAAAAAGGACGGAGAGCAAGAAGAGAAAGAACAGGAGAAGUUGGGCAAACUGGAGUUCUCCUUGGAUUACAACUUCACAGAUUCUCAGCUCAUAGUGGGGAUCCUCCAGGCUCAGGACCUCGCUGCCAUGGACAUGGGAGGAACCUCAGACCCCUACGUUAAAGUUUUCCUGCUGCCUGACAAGAAGAAGAAGUAUGAGACCAAAGUCCAACGUAAAAACCUGAGCCCUGUUUUCAACGAGACUUUUAUUUUUAAGAUUCCCUACGCGGAGUUGGGCGGAAAGACUUUGAUUCUGGAGGUUUUCGACUUUGAUCGUUUUUCCAAGCACGACAUGAUCGGCGAAAUAAAGAUUCCCAUGAACAGUGUUGAUCUGGGCCAGCCAAUGCAGCAAUGGAGGGACUUGGAGAGUGGAGAGAAAGAAGAGGAAAAAUUGGGAGACAUUUGCAUUUCUUUGCGCUACGUACCAACGGCUGGGAAACUGACGGUGAACAUCAUGGAGGCAAAAAAUCUGAAAAAAAUGGACGUUGGUGGUUUAUCGGACCCAUAUGUGAAGAUAGUUCUGCAACAAAACGGGAAGCGGAUAAAGAAGAAGAAGACGACAGUGAAGAAGAACACGCUCAAUCCCUACUUUAACGAAAGCUUCAGCUUCGAAGUCCCAUUUGAACAAAUACAGAAAGUGCAGGUUGUCAUCACUGUGUACGACUAUGACAAGCUGGGGAGCAACGACCCAAUAGGGAAGACCUUCAUGGGUUAUGGGGCGACUGGUGUGGGCCUGCGCCACUGGUCUGACAUGCUGGCGAAUCCUCGGCGCCCGGUAGCGCAGUGGCACACCCUGCUGCCUGAAGAGGAGGUGGACAAUGCGCUCAAAGCCAAACCUCGCUAACAACCGGACCAAAUCUGGUCCGGUUGUUAAUCUUGUAAAUCUUCUCAGCUUGUUUGUUCUGUUUCACAGUCCAGUGAAUGAAGGCGCUGUCGUUUCUGAAGAGAGCCCGUCUCCUCAGAAGAAUUUGAUUGAACGAGACUUUUUCCUUUUAUGGACAUUUGGACCCGAGUCGUUACAGAACCCCGUAAUCUAGAGAUAAGAGUUUGUUUAUCUGUCAUUAGUCUGUACUUUGUAUUUCGAUGUGCCUGUGUACAAUACAAACAAUUUUGUUUUUGCUUUUCCUCUUUCUCUCACACUUUAUAAACCAAAUUUAAAUUUGAAAAUUUGAUAAAUCGUGAAUGUAAAUAUGCAGGUUCUGUGAAAUUCCUUCAAUAUAAAAGAAUAGUUUGUGAACUCUUGUCUUAUGUGAAGUCCUGUUGGCGUUUUGGCUUAUUAUGUUGUGCUUUUGUGUAAAAGACUCCUUUAAAAUCGAAAUAAAAAAAUCUUUCAACAGUUG